AUGGGAACUCUGUCUGAAGCAACUGGUGGAGCUGGAGGAAAUCCGAAUAAUCCGGGAGCAAAAGAUCAAAAUAUCUAUGAAAAUCGAGCCGGUACUAAAAAAUUAAUAAGAGUUGUAACAGUAAUAGCAUAUUUGUUUUCAUCUGUAAAUACAAUUAAAUUGAGAAAUCCAAUAAUUGAAAAAAUAUACCAUGAGAGUGACAAGGUUACGACGACUUCUGAUUUACAGACGAGUAUUUAUGAUAUCAUUAAUAAACAUCUUGAUCCUUCAAAUGAUGAUAAAAAAACUACUGAUAAAUCAACGGUAUUUACAAAAAUUGAAAAUACUACUGAAACAACUGUUUUGCUUACACCGUCAACAGAAAUGAAUAAAUAUUAUGAAAAAGACGAAAAUAAUUUUACAUCUACAUCUACAUCUACACCUACACCUACAACUAAAAUUGAGUUUUUGAAUAAAAUUUUUGACAAAAAUCGACAACCACCGGAAAAUAAUCAGCUAAAUACUGAAAUUACUACUGAUGAAUCAAAUUAUCAAACGACUGAAAAUUUGUACUUCCAAGGUAAAAAAAAAAUAUAUUUAGAAAUAUUAAUAUAG